GUGUGUGUAGUCCACUCGGUUUAACCGGACGAUAAAAAACUACAUCAAUGUGAUAAACUUUUAUAUAUCGACGUGAUUUUAGUAAAUUUUAAUUUUGUUAUUUUUAAAUAUGUGAUGUCCCCGUGAAUACCCAGUGUAAGUUUUUAGUUAUUUAGAAAUAACUGGUUGGUGGUUCAGUGAUAAGUUUGUUUGGGAAGAUAUAUUUUCUAAUAAAAAAGAGUAUUUAUCCUAAGCCACCAAAAUGGGGGCAAUGUUCAGAAGCCAAGAAAUGGCCCUGGCGCAGCUCUUUAUCCAGCCAGAGGCCGCAUAUUUUGCACUAUCAGAGAUGGGUGAAGUUGGUUGUGCUCAAUUCAGAGAUCUAAAUAAAGACAUCAAUGCAUUCCAAAGAAAAUUCGUAAGUGAAGUGAGAAGAUGCGAUGAGUUGGAAAGAAAACUGCGAUUUAUAGAAUCAGAAGUUCGUAAAGAUAACGUCAGAAUACCCGAUGUCAAUGAACUACCAAAAGCACCAAAUCCAAGAGAAAUUAUUGAUCUUGAGGCUCACUUGGAAAAAACGGAGGGUGAUAUUAAAGAACUAACCGAAAAUUCGGUCAAUCUGAAGUCUAAUUACUUAGAACUCAUUGAGCUGCGCCACGUCCUGGAAAAGACACAAUCGUUUUUUCUGGACCAGGAUGAAGUUAAUGGACAUGAUCCUGUUCAUAAGGCUCUUAUCCCAGAUGAACUGAACGUCUCAAUACGGGGCCAUCUUGGUUUUGUGGCUGGCGUGAUCAAUCGGGAACGAGUUCCUGGCUUUGAAAGAAUGUUAUGGCGUGUCUCCAGAGGGAACGUUUUCCUAAGACGUGCUGAGAUCGAAAAGCCUUUAGAAGAUCCACAAAGUGGCAAUGAAUACUAUAAAACUGUUUUUGUUGCGUUUUUCCAAGGUGAACAACUAAAAACAAGAAUUAAGAAAGUAUGUGCUGGAUUCCAUGCUUCUUUGUAUCCCUGCCCCAAUACACAAAAAGAAAGAGUUGAAAUGCUGCAGGGGGUGAAGACGAGGCUGGAAGAUUUACAAAUGGUUUUGAAUCAGACUGAAGAUCAUCGGCAAAGAGUACUGGUUAGUGUGGCAAAAGAAUUACAAAACUGGAGUAUAAUGGUUUGCAAAAUGAAAGCAAUUUACCACACUCUUAAUCUCUUUAACAUGGACGUUACUAAAAAGUGCCUUAUUGGAGAGUGUUGGCUGGCUUCUUCCGAAAUACCAGUUGUCCAGAAAGCUUUAGCUGAUGGCUCGAGUGCCAGUGGAAGUUCCAUUCCUUCAUUUCUUAAUAUAAUUAACACCAACGAAAUGCCACCAACGUAUAACAGAACCAAUAAGUUUACCAGAGGAUUCCAGAAUCUUAUUGAUGUUUAUGGAAUAGCAUCUUAUCGCGAGUGUAAUCCAGCAUUAUAUACGAUAAUUACUUUCCCAUUCCUAUUUGCUGUAAUGUUUGGAGAUUGUGGACACGCAAUUAUAAUGGCAGCUUUUGGUUUAUGGCUAAUCGUAUCAGAAAAGAAAAUUGCAGCGCAGAAAGGCAAAAGCGAAAUUUUCAAUAUUUUCUUUGGAGGACGUUACAUUAUACUUCUUAUGGGCAUCUUCUCAUUUUAUACAGGGUUGGUAUACAACGAUAUAUUUUCGAAAUCAGUAAACAUAUUUGGAUCGGCCUGGCGAGUUAAUCAGUCUACACUACCAUCGGAUUUUGCUUUCCAUGGAGAAGCACACACUGAUACAACUUACGAGGUACAGCUUACUCCCAAAGAUAAUUAUCGUGCAGGAUCUCCGUAUUUUCUUGGUUUGGAUCCAGCCUGGCAGGUGUCUAAAAAUAAAAUUAUCUUUUUGAACUCCUUUAAAAUGAAGCUGUCUAUCAUUAUUGCUGUGGUUCAUAUGAUAUUUGGUGUUACAGUCAGUACAUUCAACUUUGUACAUUUCAAAAAAUACUCAAGUUUACUCCUGGAAUUUGUUCCACAAGUCCUGCUUCUGUGCUUCCUUUUCUUGUGGAUGGUGAUCAUGAUCUUUAUUAAAUGGACAUUAUAUGCUGGUACCAACGACGGCAUUGAUUCAAAACACGGUUCAGCUUGUGCGCCUUCAGUACUGAUCUAUUUCAUCAACAUGAUGCUGUUUAAGGAAUCAGAGGCGCCAUUCACAGGUUGUGAUGUUUACAUGUUUGAAGGUCAGCCAAUCGUCGAAAAAAUUCUUAUUUUUGGUGCCUUAAUUUGUAUGCCGGUCAUGUUGCUCGGAAAACCUUUCCUAAUUAUGUGUACUAGAAAAAACAGUAAAAAACUUGAAGUUAAUGCUAAAUCAAAUGGACGUAAUGGCGAUGUUAAUCAAGGACUGGAAAUGAAUGAGGUUACUGGAAACGGUCCGGAAGCAAGUCAAGUUGUUCAACACGCGGAUGCGUACCAUGAAGAGGAAGAACAUGAAGAGCCCAUGUCUGAAAUUUGGGUUCAUCAAGGAAUUCAUACUAUUGAAUAUGUGUUGAGUACAAUUUCUCACACUGCCUCAUAUCUGCGUUUAUGGGCUUUGUCUCUUGCUCACGCACAAUUAUCAGAAGUUUUAUGGGGCAUGGUCUUCCAAAUGGGCUUAAAAACAGAAGGUUGGAUUGGAUGCGUCUUCAUCUUUAUAUUUUUCGCAGUUUGGGCGGUAUUUACUCUCGCUAUCUUGGUACUAAUGGAAGGAUUAUCAGCCUUCUUGCACACCCUCCGUCUGCAUUGGGUCGAGUUCAUGUCCAAAUUUUACGCUGGUCAGGGAUAUGCCUUUGAACCCUUCAGUUUUAAGAAGAUUUUGGAUGAAAACGAAGAGGAAGCCGGUUAGAUUUCACAAUAUUGUACAGCGAUGUUUUUCAUAAUAUUUUUUAAAUAUGUUAGGAAUUUAUAUUUAAAAUAUAUUUCUAUGCGAAGCAUAUCAUGAGCGCACAAUAUUGUAGUUUACGUAUAUAAGUUAUUUCAUCUAACUGUAGUUAAAGAGGGACCACAAUUAAGCAUUUUAAUUCCAUAGACUUAUAAUAGUGCCUAAGUGUUGAAAUACUUGUUUACAUUUUUUUUUGUUUGUCUUAUUCAGUAUUUGAAAUGUUUAUUUUAUGUUUUAAUUACUUUUAAUUUUGUGACGAUAUUAAGUCUUUUUGUUUGAAUUUAUAUAAAAAAUAAUAUAUUUCUCCUUCAAUAGUUUACAGGAUAUUUUAGUGAAAUAAAAUUUUUUCAAAACUUU